AUGGACACCUGCCAGCGCACGAUUGUGCACGUUCACGAUCUCGAAGCCUGGUGGAAGAAGCCAGCCUCUGGAAACCCCAAGAAUACAAAUUGGGAACAAUUCGUGUACGGACUGCCCCUUCUUCCUGGUCGCAAUCUACCAAUUACGCCAAAGAAAAUCUUUGGCGGCGGACAGUCUCGCCUCCGCAUCCUCAGCCUGCUCAUCAGACAAAAACGCGAUCGACUCAUCGACUGUUUCUACGAAGCGAAUAUGCACGACCACUACAUGGACCGCAGCGAAGAUUACCAGAGACUUCGUGAGCAGCUAGCUGAUGUCGUGCGGAAAGAAGAAGUAGAGCCCAUCAUCAAUGCUUUCCACAAAGAGAAAUGGGAGUUCUGCCCAUUGACUUUGACUUCCGACAUGUCUAUCGACUUACGCGGGAUGGAAGUAAUACCUCCGUUCUGCAUGAAGAUCAAGCUUCCCAAGAAAGGCGGUACUGCGUCGAUAUACUGGGUCGCGGUGCAAAAGGCUCUCGUAUCCGAUGACGCACUCGCACUAGCCUUAAAGGACUCCCUCUACAUGGACAAAACUCAUGGAGAAUGUUACCAAAUGGUACUCAAGUCUUACUGCGGAAAUAAGAAGCAGGAUUUCGACAUGGAAAAGGCUGCAUUUUCUGCCUUACCGUCGAAUGAUCAGGUUCCUAUUGUGAGAUGCUUCGGAGCUUACAUUCAUGAUCAUGGUGAAGGUGAAAACAUGGGUACGACGUACAAUUUAUUGCUCGAAUACGGGGAAAACGACCUGCUCAAGAAAUUCUUCAGAAUUGGAAAUCUUUGUUCAACGUCGCCGAGGCCAUCCGUCAACUUCAUCAUCCGGAGUUUCCCCGAGGCAGCGGAGAGCCCUGGAGAUUCCAUGGCAAGUUGGCACGCGGACAUCAAACCGGACAAUAUUCUCAGUGUGCGUGGACAGCUCAAACUAUCUGACUUUGGAUUUUCGAGCUUCGCGCCAGUAAUCGAGGGUCAAGACAGCUCAGAACCAACAGACGUGAUACGUGGUUAUACAAACACUUAUGGUGCGCCCGAGGUGUCCCGCAUGGUGCAACCAGACGGAACCAUGUCCGGAGUGUCUCAGUCCAUCGACGCCUGGUCGUUCGGAAGCUUGAGAGAGUACUCAAAAGAUACUGACCCUGUGGUCAUGAAGGCUCUCUCAAGCAUAGAGGAAGAAGCGCAGAUCCAGAGGUUUUCUGAACCACAAACCAACCUCUUACAGCAACCGCUACUACAGGUCAACCCUCGCGAGCGGGCAUCGAUGCAGAUAAGGAAGGGAGAUUUGAUCAGGAACAAACCGCUCGGUCAGACGGCGCAUCGUAAAGAGAUUUUGAAGGAGAAACUCGAAGACUGUUAUGGGACUAAGACAAUCGAAAGUUCGCCACUCAUCGCCGGUCUUCACAACGGUGCUGUUACGGAGAGUCCGAUUGACUCGAAUCCAUCAAGAGGGCUGCAGUUUGGUGGUCGCAAGAUAAAGCCCAGACAUCCCCAAAUUCACAAGUCUGAACCAGUUUCUAUUGCUGGUAAAGAGGCUUAUAGUAACGAUCCCUUCGUUACAAACUCACGAGGCAGUUCAUUCGGAGUCGGAUUACGAUCCAGCGCCAAUUUGGGAAGACUCAGUUUGCAGGAUCCAAAAGCAGAAUCACCAUCUACAAAGUACUCCACCAGUCUCGUACAGCCGCACGGUACUUCGAUUUCGCCAUCUCCGCCCGAAGACAAAUACCUUACGUUGCAGAACUCCGACUUCAUGGUCGAAAAAGAAGCACACACAACAGGGUCUCCUCCACUCACACCCAUUAACAUCGCCCAUGAACACAAGAUCACCCACAACCAUGUUCCCUCCAUAGACCACCUCGUCAAUCGCCAGAGCUACGGAGGAUCAGCUCCUAUAGCGUUUGAUACAAGCCCUACAAGCCCCUCUUUCGACGACAAACUUGUAGAAGAGCUGGAAAUUGGGGCCUCAGGUGAAACUGAAACUAUUGGCAACUCUCGGCCAUCAGUAAUCGUUUCACCGGCGGUAGAUGCUCAGUCGUCGCAAUACCAACCCGCGACACCCAACCUAUCCACUCACGUUCCCGAGAUGCAAGCUCUGCACAACCCUACAUCUGCGAGAUCUUACGAUGACUCUGCGCUGCCACUUCCUCAGUCUGCACUGGAAUUGCCCUACAAUAUUUGCCUGAAAAGAAAGGCUAUGGAAGAGCAGGUCUCGAAGGGUGUAGUCAAAGGCUUUACUAAACUGAAGAGUACAUUGGGCUUUGAAACCAGAUCGCGAGAUGCUAGUCUUGAAGACACGUUCAGUGACCCGCGUGAGAUUAUGUUAGUUAUCGAUAACGGGUGGACAAUGUGCAAGCACUGGCCGAUCGUGACGUUCGUCGCACAAACGCUCGCAAUGAACGCCGCUGGCCUGGAUAGGGAUGGAUUCGACGUCAAGUUCACGGUUGAUGGUCGCACCCAUGAUCAGCAGCGCCUAAGAGGAGAUCGGGGUCGGAAGAAGCUGAAGAAAGCCUUGAAGGCAGCGUGGCCAGAACAGAAACCGAACGAUAACACCACUACAGACAUGGCGCAGAUUUUCCAAACCAUCUUUGGAGAAUGGAAGCAAACCGGCAAACCAGCUACAACACUUCUCGUACUGACUGACGGCGUCUGGUCAAAUGAGAAUACCGCUACCUUUGAUAAGAUCAUCCUGGAUAUCGCGCGAUUGGAACAACGACCUGGAGGUAGCCGUCACUUCAGCAUUCAGUUCAUUCGAUUUGACGAUGGACUGCCGGAAAAGAUUCGUCUACAGUGGUUGGACGACCAUUUGUGCGCCAAGAACGGAUUGAAGGACAUCAUCGAUCACUGCUCGUGGCGAGCCGACGUCGAAAAACUGCUAACGGGCAGCAUUGAGGUUUUUGCUGACAACCACAACUCUGUUGAUCCACCCAUGCUGUACGACUACGAAGAGCUCGCUGGUCUGUUCAAUACCUUCAACAGAGGAGGCGAUGCCCUGCUUUCACCAACCAGUACUCCAUCUCGGACGCCCUCACGGGCAUCGAAACGCUUGUCGAUCUCCAAUUCAUUCACAGAGGACUGGACUAAAAGAGGUUGA